UCUUUGCAGUUUGAAACUGUCAGGUUGCUGCUGGGGAAGCUGCUGGACUCGCUGUUGUUGCAGCGGCGACGAGGGGAGAAGACGCGGAGCGGGGCGUUGGGGUUUGCAGAGCGCCUGGGCAAAUUUAUACAGAAUGUCAUCAGACGGGGAGAUACGCUCACCUCCAGUUUUGCAAAAAGACUCCGACCGAGACAGUUCUGUCUCCUCAGAUCUUCAGGAAGAGUAUGAAGAACUGCUUCGUUACGCUGUAGUGACUCCAAAUACUGAAGCAGGUGCUUCGCAGCCAUCUCAUUCAAAGGGAGAAGCAGUGCCAGAUGUUAAAAUUCCUACUAUAAUUGAUGAUAUUCUUCAAAAUCCAGGAAAUAGCCCUGCAGUGAGAAAAACAAGGAUGGAAGUUGGAAAAGGAUGUGAUUUAAAUACUUCAGUUCAUUCAAAGACAGAUGGGUCAUCACCAGCAUCCCCAAGGAAGCCACCUCACCCGGUCAUGGAUUUUUUCAGUUCAAAUCUUUUAGUUGACUCUUCCUCACCAGGGUCUAAUUCCAGUCCUAUCGAUGCCCAUGAAAUAAUUGUGACUGAUUUUGUUGUUUCUGAUGAAAACCUUCAAAAGAUGGAAAAUGUGCUUGAUCUUUGGAGUUCAGGUCUUAAGACAAACAUCAUAUCUGAACUAAGUAAAUGGAGACUGAAUUUUAUUGACUGGCACCGAAUGGAAAUGAAAAAAGAGAGAGAGAAGCAUGCAGCAGAUGUAAAGCAACUGUGCAGCCAGAUCAACAGCUUGAAGGAGCUGCAGAAAACCUAUGAAGUCUCCAUUGGGAGAAAGGAUGAGGUGAUUUCUAGCUUGUCUCAUGCCAUAGGCAAGCAAAAGGAAAGGAUAGAGUUGAUGAGAACAUUCUUCCACUGGCGAAUCAACCACGUCAAAUCGAGGCAGGAUGUUUAUGAAAGUAAACUAGCUGACCAGUAUUUUCGGCGAACUUUACUGAAGAAAGCCUGGAGAGGCUGGCGGGCCGUAGUACAGAAGCAGUGGAAGGAGGUGGUGGAACGAGCUUGUCAAGCCAGAGCUGAAGAAGUCUGUGUCCAGAUUUCCAAUGACUAUGAAGCCAAAGUUGCUCUGUUAUCUGGAGCUUUGGAAAAUGCAAAAGCUGAGAUCCAAAGGAUGCAGCAUGAAAAAGAGCACUUUGAAGAUUCCAUGAAGAAAGCUUUCAUGAGGGGUGUGUGUGCGUUAAAUCUUGAGGCCAUGACUAUAUUUCAGAACAGAGGUGAUACAGAUUUCACGACCACUAAAAGGGACGAGUACGGCCCUGGUGUUCAAGGAAAAGAGCCUCCUCCUGCUCACGUGGACGCUGCCGCGGGCGCAGUGCCGCCAUCCCCGCCGGCAGCGGCCCUCGGAGCCACCUGCGCGGCCGCGUUUCCCUCGGCGGCUUCCGUCACCUCCGCCGGCGCCACUUCCGCUUCCUCAGUCCACCUCCCCGUGUCUGCUCCGCAUGGCGCUGGGCUGAUGGCUGCUGCUUCUGCGCAGGAGGAGACGUAUGGGCCCAGGGCUGUGACAUCAGCGCAACAGAAAGCUGGGAGAACAAUCACGGCCCGGAUCACAGGGAGAUGUGAUUUUGCUUCAAAAAACAGAAUCAGUAGCAGUUUGGCUAUAAUGGGAGUUUCUCCUCCCAUGAGCUCCGUUGUUGUGGAAAAACAUCAUCCGGUCACAGUGCAAACCAUUCCUCAAGCUGCUGCAGCAAAAUACCCGCGGACCAUUCACCCUGAAGGUGGUACCUCGGCUUCCAGGUCUCUUGGAACCAGAACAGCACACACCCAGUCUCUCACAAGCAUUCCGUCCAUAAAAGUGGUUGACUAAAAUGAAUAUGUUCACAUAGAGGUCUUCUAAUUCUUCUGGCUUUACCAAGAAUUAGAAGUCUUUAAUUUUUAAAAUUUCAUAUUCUUAGAACAUUAUGGAUAUAUCAUGUUCAUUUUUUCAAAGUUACAAGAGACUUUUUCAAGCUGUACCAUCCUUUGUAACUAUAUGUAGAAUUAUUUUAAUGUUAUUUUUUAUUUAAGCAAUUAAGUAAAACUUUUUUAAAUUAAAAAAGAAACUGGACUUAAUUUUUUUUAAUAGGUUCAACGUGUCACUGAUUAUAUCAAAGUAUAUAAAUCCUGUUUUUGUAAAAGUCUAAGUCAUUUCCAGUGUUACCAAGUAAACUUUGAAAGAGAACUCAAUUUAAAAAAAUUAUUUAUAGUAAUAGAGACUAAGGUAUUAUUUGAAAAUUUAAAAGAUAAAAGCCAAGAGUAAUAACACCACAAAGUUUUUUUGUGACUUUAGUAUAUUAGUCCUCAUUUUUCUAGGAUUCUAACAAUUAAAAAUAGGGGGAACUAGCAAUACCUAUGAAUAAAAUUUUUAAUGUUGAAAGAGGAAAAACAUUUUACUAGCACAAAAACAGUCACAGAAACAUCAGAAAGAAGUUUCCUCGUAGAAUGAUCCUAUUUCUAAUGUUCUUUCCCACCUUGUUGAAACUCUACCUCUGAACCCUUUUUUGCUCUGAACAUGCAAACAUUUUCCUGUGAUGGCAUAGCCCUGGACAAUUCAGCAGACCUUCCAGGCCUGGCAGAGACUUGUCCAUGGCUGGACGAAAGGAAGAAACCAUCUGGACAAACAGAUUUAGAACAGAGACCAGGCUUCUGACGGUUUUAUUGCUGGCUGACUGGGUUAUCUUGAGCCAGACACUUAAUGGCAGGAUCCUCAUCUGUGAAAUAAUAAGAUCUACCUACCCCACCUCUUUCCCAAAGUACUUAGGCUUACAUAAAAAUGAGCGGAUUCUGAAGAACUUGUGUAGAGCCUAGGUUUCUGUAUCUUUCCUACAAGUCUGUGAUUUCAGCCUCUUUCCGUCCGAACAUGACCUAGCCCUGUACUCUAAUUUACCACUGGAAAUACAGUUUUUCUUGCUGCCUCAUGUCAUAAUAGGACUAGAGAACAAAUGUGAGGUCAGUAAACAUCCCAUGUUCUAAAGGGCACACCAAGGCUUUUUUGAACUAUAAAAGCAUCUGGCUGUGUCUUAAAGAGUAUUCACCAGGGAGACCCAAAAGAGUAUUAGAUCCUUCUUAUGCAAUAGUAUAUGAUCCUCCUCAUACUUACUGUGGGUUCUGGCCAACUACAACCAGCUUCUGCUGUGGCAAGCGGCUCUUGGUUUUCAAUAAGCGCAAACCCACAACACCUCAUCUGCUGCUGCCUGCACCACAGGCCUGUUCCUCCCAGGCCUCCCCUGCCCACCCAGAGAGUCGAGACUCUUGAAGUCUCCGCUCACCCGCAGCAUGGAAUCAGCACCUCAUUGGGGUAAACACCCGUUCUUAACUUUCCAAACCCUGUAUAAACUGUCCAUCCCUGAGGUCAGUCAGUAAGUUGUACUUGAUACCAGGUGUUGGCCAGUUAGAUAAAUCACGCUGGUCUCAGCUCUCCCUCCCUCCUUCCCCAUCUCACUUCCUUUUUCCUUCACUCCUGCUUCCUUGGAUUUGCACUUCUGAGAAAAGCAGCGACUCAUUACUUUGGUCUUGGGCUCUGCUUUUUAAGGAACUUACAUGACAGCUAGGGAUGGUCUUCAGUAUCAGCCACAACCACAUAGACUAAUGUCAAUAUUAUGAAUAUUGUAAUUAAGAAUAUUGUAAGCAUCUUUUAAAGCUUUAAACUCUAGAAAUUGUAUAUUGUCUGCAGCACCAAGUAAUUAGUAUUAGCCCAAUUCAACUUAAAUUCAACAAUUAAAACACUUAAACAGUAAAAAUAUGUAUUCAUCUUUGUUUAUUACUGCAUUAAGAGGUUACCCAGAUUUUGAAGCAUGGUCUGUGGAAACCACGGUCUCAGGUGGCAACAAUGCUUUAAACUUUUUAGCAUCAUGUGAACAUAUUACCUGUUUAAAACCUAUUUUAAAAUUUAA